AUCGCGAAAUUUUGUCGAAUGAACAAUGUAUAUUGCGAGAUUCGGCACAAAUAUACUGGCUACUAGAAUGUCAGCGCGCACCUUGGUCUGACGAGGAUCUCGUUCAUAUUCGGCAGAACUAAAUUUCGUCAGAAUUUGCUAUAAUGCGAAUAAUAUUCCUUGGUUCAUGGAAUGCAUGCACGCGAUGUAAGAGUGGUUCACCCUGUAAAUCUAAAUGCAUCGCAACUGCAAUGCUCACAACGCGACUCAAUUAAAAAUAGAAAUGGCAUUAUAAAACGUGAAUUGUUUUUAGUCAGUGGGUUGCCCUUUUCGUGAAGUACAGUAUAAGAUCCUCUUUGACUGGUACCUGUGAUUACACCAUAGAACGAUAUGAUGUCCAAAAUGUUAGCAUUGCACGCCAUUUCAAAGCAGGCCACUAAACCAGUUUUCCAGCAAACAAUCAUAAAACGUUUUUUGAAAAAGGAAGUGCAGCAAAGAUAUGCUCAGGAUGAAAAUAUUCCAGUUCAUUUAAAAAGAGGAUUUAGCGACAAAGCUUUAUUAUUUCUGACUGCUGCUCUGACAGCAGUUGGAGUAGUUAGUGGUAUGUACACCUUGAUAGGGAUGGCCUUUAGCAGCAAAAAGUAAAUUUCACUACGUUACAAAACAUUCUCAGCGUUUUUAAAAUUACGACUGAGCAGCUUUACAAUAUUGUAUGUUCUAUUAAAUGAAUAAUAAAUCAUUUACUCUAA